UCCGAGUCAGCUUGUCCACUGCAUCACGGGGCCGCCUAGUAAUAGCCAGCAUUAAAGCCAUGCGGCCGUUAUCUCAAUCCUGCAGCAUCUCGUCCUGCCAGUGGUUUCUCUCCAAUCAUGCUCGAUUUCCCUUUCAAAUCGGCUCGACGUGUCCUACCUCAAACUGACACACAGAAAAAGCAAACGCCGUUUCAUGAACGAAGGCUUGGGGUGUGGCGCAUACUUAUCGCCGCCGAUGAAUCAUCAUCAUUCAGGCUCCCCAGUCUUCAGUGGGACCUUAUAUCGACGCAUAUCCCCCUCUUGACUCGCGCAUACAAGGAUUUUUAUUCUAUCAGCCCGAUGUUCUUCUGGCUCCUGAUCUUUACACAUCUCUGGUAUGCAAUCGAGAACCCACUGUCCCUAUAUUUCUCAAACCGCCUUUUACUUCUCAUCCAACACUCUGUUUUGCAAGGCAAGGUUCACACGAGUCUGGACAGAGAUCUAUGUAUAGCCAUCAUCGCUCGAGCUUCAUGCUCCGUAUUCAGCGGAUUCGUGCAGUGGACUUCCGAUAAAGUAAAGGAUAAAUACCGCGUACUCGUCAGCUACCGACUUCAAGAGUGGUUACUACGAGCAAAUCUUGCGCGUGAUCUUGAAGCGUCUCAAGAUAACGAGGCGGGUCUUGCAGUCGACACUAGACAUGUGUUCUUCUGCCUCGUACGAUUACUCGACCUUGGAAAGGAGAUUAUUUCGUUUCUGCUUCAAUUGCGAUUAUUGCUGCAUCUCCUUGGCUCCGAAUUUGCGAGUGCUGGACCUGUCUCGGUCGUAUUAUGUUUUUUGCCCUUGAUAUUAGAGAAUAUGUGGGACAAUGAGCUCUGGAGCAAAGCUUACGUGAAACAGGCAGUCAAUGACGACUACUUGCGCAAAGAGGCCUUGACCUCGCUCACGAAAAACACAUACAAAGCUGAGGUGAUGGGAGGUAAUUUAUCAGGUUAUCUUUUAAAAGAGUAUGAGAAGGUGCACGAUGCACUGGGUCACAUUGCUAACGGGGAUGUUGAGGAUUUGUGGAGAAAAUCAACGACUGCUCUGCCCAGUAUAUUUUCGAACCUCUGCAAUGACGGACCCAUUCUCUACAUCGGGCUGUUGGCUCUCAUGAAUCCGAGUCAGGUAUCUGUCGUUCAGCUAGCCAUACUAGAACAAGCCACCACACGUCUUCGAUACACGUUUUCCUUCGCUAGACACAUCAUUCACUAUUAUCCGACUGAAUUGGCCAGCUUGAAGAAUUUUUACACAGUUCUCGAUCUCAAGAACAAGAUGAAAGACGGCUCUAUGCCGUAUUCACCGGCAGCCGAUGCUUUGGGUCUCUCGUUAGAAGUUCGAAACGUAUCGUUUAACUAUCCCGGCGCCAAGUCUGAAAGAGAUGCGUUGAAGGACGUUUCUUUUUCGAUAAAAGCAGGUCAACUGGUGGUCAUCGUCGGAGCAAACGGUUCAGGAAAGUCGACCAUACUCAAGCUCCUGACUCGCUGCUAUGACGCUACCUCGGGCGCUGUCUUGAUCGAUGGAAAUCCCAUCGAAGAUUAUCGAAUUGCAGACUUGCGGUCUGUGACAGCCAGUCUAACACAGGAGCACACCUUAUUCCCCCUCUCUAUGAGCGAGAACAUCGGGAUCGGGUCACCAUCAUCUGUAACAGAUCUCGACAAAAUCACUCAAGCAGCGAAGUUAGCCGGCGCUCAGGACGUCAUCGAGAACUUCACCGAUGGAUAUCACACUGUCCUUGAACCCGUCAAGACUGCCCAUCUCAGCUAUACAGGGAGAGGGAACGAGGCCCUUAAAAAGGAGUACGAGAAGAUGGAGAAAACAACAAAUGUGUCUGGUGGCGAGAAACAAAGACUGGUUGCUUCCCGGACCUUUAUGCGCAUGCUGUCUGAGGACAUCAAGUUUGUUAUAGUCGACGAGCCAAGUUCUGCCCUUGAUCCAGGGGGCGAGUACGAACUGUUCAAGCAGCUCAGGGAAGCACGCAAAGGAAGAACCAUGAUAUUCGUCACGCACCGUUUUGCGCAUCUCACCAAGUUUGCCGAUCUCAUCUUGUGUAUGAAGGGUGGGAUUCUGGUUGAGACGGGAACGCACCAGGAACUGUUGGAACGUCAGGGAGAGUAUGCUCACUUGUAUAAUGUCCAAGCGCAAGCUUUUACUUGAGCUCACCGAGCCCGUUAAGGACAAUCGUCAUAGAAGUCAAGCCAGUAUGUGCUGGAUUGUACUACAUAACAAUGAUAAUGGCUUCCGAAAGUAGAUUAUGGAACCCGCACAUUGCAGUCUCACAUAUCUGACGACAAAUGCUGAUCUAUUCUCUAUUGCGAUGAACUAGUAGCACGACAAUUCUCGGCCCGUGUCAGUACUGUAGAAGAAAAUAGAUCCUAAGGUGAAAUCUGCGAGAUGUUAUUGGAUGAGUGUGAAAUGUAGAUUAUCGAUUAAGAAUCAUUGGUUUGGUCCUACGAGUAGUAUAAG